AUGGCAAGUGAAGCUUUGUCAAAAAAAUUCAGCGUCAUUUCAUUCGUCGGUAGACGUUCCUCUACCCGUGACUAUGCUGUUGAGGAAGGAAAAAUUGAAGAACUUCCCGAAAGCAGUCCGAUUGACGAUGUUGUGGUUCCAAUAGACGAUGAUAUUGAAACUGCAGAAGAAGAUGGUGAAUUUGGUCUUUACGAACAUGAAUAUGGGACAAGGCCGCCUAUUCCAUCGGUCCUCCACAAAUUAUCAACUUACACUGGAGGUAUUGAGCCAACUGCCAAUGAAACCAAACUUCUUAGGCACAAGCAAGCCACAAGGAAGCCGUUGCUUGCCUAUAAUUGGGUGAGUGGUUAA